AUGACCAGGGAAAGCGACAUCCAUCCUGAUGCCAUUUCUCAUAUCGCAAAAGUUCAGACUAACCGCGUUUCAAACGCCACGUGCCUCGUCCUAAUAAUCCAUUGCUCCACCGAACCUCCUAAUCCGAUUUCUCCACCGUGCCUCCUCCUUAAUCCGAGCAAGCCGCUGUCCAUUACGAGCCACGAUCCAACCGUGCCGAUCCUCCACCCUUCGUCCUUAAUCCGAGCCACUAUCCAUUGCUCCAUCGAGCUCCUCCGAGCCGCGAUCCAUUACUCCACCCCGCGAUCCCUCCACCGUUCCUCAUCCUUAAUCCGAGCAACUAUCCAUUGCUCCAACGUGCCUCCUCCUUGCCGAGCCCUCCAUUGCUCCACCGUCCUCCUCAUCCUAUCCAUUGCUCCAUCGUGCCUCCUCCUUAAUCCGAGAUCCAUUGCUCCACCGCCCUCAUCCUUUCCGAGCAACUAUCCACUCCAACGUGCCUCCUCCUUAAUCCGAGCCACUAACCAACUAUCCAUUGCGAUCCCACUCCAUGCCUCCUCCUUAAUCAGAGCCACUAUCCAUUGCUCCACCCCGCGAUCCAUUAUCUCGUGCCUCCUCCUUAAUCUGGAGCCACCAUCCAUUGCUCCACCGUGCCUCCUUAAUCCGAGCCAAUCUCCAACGUCGUCCAUUACUCCACCUGCCUCCUCCUUAAUACGAGAAUCCAUCCACCGUGCCUCCUCCUUAAUCCGAGCCGCGAUCCAUAGCCGCGACGACACGUGCCUCAAGUCCUUAAUCCAAACUAUCCAUUGCUCCACCGCAGCUGGCCUUAAUCCGGAGCCGCGAUGGAUUUUCAUCCAUUAUCCAACGUGCCUCCUCCUUAAUACGAGCCACCAUCCAUUACUCCAUCUAUAUAUCAAGCUGCGAGACUCCACCAUGCCUCCAACGCCACUAUCCUUGCUCCACCACUCCUCCCCGGAGCCGCGAUGGCUUAAUGAAAUCCAAUAUUUAUCGACAUUUGCCUCCUCCUUAAUCAUAUCCAUUGCUCCAUACUCCUUUAAUCCGACGUGGAUAGCCACUAUCCAUUGCUCCAUCGCCUCCUACUUAAUCCGGGGACAUCCCCUCAAAUCUACUCCUCCUUAA